AUGCAGGCUGACGGCCUCUCUCGCCGUGACCUCAUCAAGAACGUGGCUGCCUUCGGGGUUGCUGCUGCUCCCGUGCUCGCCAAUGCUGAGAUUGACUAUGCCAACGUUCCUUUCCUCGGAGGGUCUGACAAGAUCGAUAUCAACAACGCCAACGUUCGUGUGUACACCAAGCUUCCUGGCAUGUACCCAACCAUCGCAGGCAUCAUCUGCAAGUACGGACCUUACCAGACGGUCGAGGAUCUCUACAAGGUUCCCAGCCUUUCUGCCGAGCAGAAGCAGAUCAUCAAGAAGUAUGAGAAGAACCUCCUCGCCCUGGACCCUGCUCCUGAGUACAUUGAGGAUAAGUUCAACAACGGGCUUUACCGGUAA